UGGUUUGGUUGCAGAGAAGGCGGAUGAAAACCUGUUUCUUAUUGAUACAGGCUUAAAACCUGCCAGUCAGGGUAUUGAAACAAGAAGCAGACAGAGUCGGAGAGAUAAACUGAAGCAGUUAAGAUGUUAUGCCUUGCUUCAGCCAGACCCUAACAGUAAACCAGUGCGCACACCAGACAGCCAAAAUUUUCAGAAAGGAUUGAGGAAAAAGAGAAUAAUUGACAGAGUAAGAGAAAGAUCCAAGUCUCAGGUUCGAGUGGCAGCUCAGAAGCAAAGCCAGAAGUAUGAAGAGACAAGGAAAGUCGCGCAAGCACAGAAAAGGCAGUUGCCAGUUGUUGACAGUGAUCUCUGGGCAGAUGACAAAGAUGACAGGGAAUCAAGUGUCAACAAGCCUCCCAAGAGAUACCGCAGAAAGCCAAGUGCUUUAAAGGCUACAGUUAUUCCACACCCAGGGGCCUCAGUCAACCCUUCCUUUGAGGAUCAUCAG